AUGACGGACCUCGAGAGCGAUCGACAGCGGACUGACCCUGUUUGUGAUUCCUCGGAGGACGAAGAGCCCCAGCACUAUCGCUCCCGCGUGGAGGAGUACGAGGACAAACCCGAUUGGCCUCGCCCGCCUCUUUAUCGCGUCAACGAAGUCGUCUACGUCCGUAGUCCAGGCCAAGCUCAGCCUGCUGGCCCGUAUAUUAUCAUUUCGAAUUAUGACAACACCAAACGGAAACGCAUCGCCGGCCCAAGUUCCGCAGUUUACCAGGAGACAAGACACUCAUUCGGAGUAGAUUCUGGACCCUUCAUUCCCAACAGACCGUUCCAAGGCAGCCCAGCGAGGAUCGAUGACUUCCCACGCGGCUAUCCCUCGCUAUCAGCGUUUAUGAGUGCUGAUAAGGACUUCACCAUGUUCCGAUCCUUCUCACGUCUACACACUCGUGUCCUGCUUCACAAACAGGAUGAGCUUACAGAACUGGAGCAACGUCUCGAUGAACUUGACCAAGCAGACAGCAAAGUGGCUCCAUAUCUAUUAAUCACCAAUAGGGAUGUUAGUGGAGAUAAGGAGCGUCGAGCGCUGCUUAGUGAAAUAGAGAUUAAAUUAAAUGAAUACAACAAACUCUUGGAGGCUCUUAUGACUCACCAAGAACGCCCCGAACCAGAUGAAUCGCAGAUACGAAGUGUUAGAAAUUGGGUGGAUGGCAAGAGACCAGUUGUCUACUCUGAAACAACAUUUCUAAAUGAUCGGAGUGAUCUCAAGCGCUCCAGACACACGAUCGAAAGUGGCGGCCUUGAAAGUCUCCUCGAUAGCCUCUCUACUUGGCCUUAUCUACGUGGGAUAUGCAAGUUAUUUUCACUUCUUGAUAAAUCCGGAAGAUCGAGUGACCCGAGGGUCAAAAUCAUCAGGCCUUCGAGGCUGGUAGCUGUCUCACGAGCCUUGAAUACACUGCUUGCCAUAGCUACUUUGGUAGCGCCGAUUGUAGUUCUGUACUUGGUCAAGCCUAUCCCGAUGCGGCUUUGUAUCAUUGCUGCCUUUACUGUUGUUUUCUCGUCAGCGCUGUGCUGGCUUACACCGUCUAGGAAUUACGAGAUAUUCUCUGCCACGGCCGCCUACUGUGCUGUCAUGGUGGUGUUUGUCGGUAGUUUACCUGAUCCAUAG